ACGAAUCUUCUGGAACGCACCCAUCGUCGUGACGUAAACGCCCGCAGUGCAUUGUUGGAUUCAAAAUGGAGUUUGUUAUCAAGAUUUCAGCUGAAACGUCCCGUCUCGGACUUAUUUAACGCAUUUUAUUUAAAUGUCCAGUUGCUGUUUUUCGCACACGUACCAAACAAUGCACCGUAUGGGAUUGGUUUGUUUCGCUAGGGCCGCGGUUGGUCCAAACUCUUUACUUCGACUCUACUCACGCAAUUUCAAUGCUAGAAAAUGUUCCGAACCCCGGUACCAGUGGGCAGGUGCUUGGUGCCAAGCAGGAUUGACCAACAUCAAUAAUUACAGUCAGGAAGCACGUAAGAAUGAAUUGGGACAGUAUGUUUGCUAUCAUCUUCCACACAGGACCUUACUGAAAGUUCAAGGGCAAGAUACAAGAUCGUUUCUUCAAGGUAUUGUAACCAAUGACAUGGAGCUCUUUGCAAAAGAGGAACAGAACGUUUUGUAUGCGCACAUGCUGAACGUUCAAGGAAGGACACUGUAUGACAUUAUCAUAUACAGGUUGAAAGUAGCAGAAGCGGGUUGUGGUGUUCUGGUCGAGUGUGACACCACCAUAAAGGAUGUAAUUUUGAAACAUUUGAAGGUGUACAAAAUCCGCCGGCAGGUGAAGAUCAGCACCUGUCCAGAGCUUUCUCUAUGGGCUGUGUUGCCUCAGGGAACAGCCCCAGGCCACGAGAGGCCUAAGCCAGAUCUCACUGCCCCAGAAAAAGCUCUGAUGUGGGAGGAAGAUCCGAGAACUGAAGCCAUGGGCUGGAGGUUGGUGGUGGACAACAAAGUCGAUCCUCUUGAAAUUAUUCCAUGGAGUCAGCAAGGCGACUCAGAAGAGUACCACAGGCACCGCUAUGCAAUAGGACUUCCUGAGGGGGUGAAGGACCUUCCUCCUGGGGUGGCUCUUCCUCUGGAGUCCAACCUGGUCUACAUGCAGGGCAUCAGCUUCAGUAAAGGCUGUUACAUUGGCCAGGAGUUGACCGCCAGGACUCAUCACACCGGGGUGGUGCGGAAGCGUCUGAUGCCUGUACGCAUGUCAGCACCAGCCGAAGGCUUGGAGGAAGGAGUAUCGCUACAGACCCAGUCUGGCAAGCCAGCCGGGAAGCACAGGGCCGGGGUUAGAGAGCUGGGCCUGAGCCUGAUCCGCCUGGCUCACGCUAAAGAGCCACUGACACUCAAGGCGUCAGAGGACACCACAGUGACUCUAGAGGCCUCCGUGCCAGACUGGUGGCCCAAAGAGACUAAAGCAAAAUGAGGAUAGAGGUAUUUAUUGACCCCAACAAUAUGAAACAAUAUGAAUAUGAAACAAACAAAAGAGCCAAAAGAGAGUCAAAAGAGCCAUAUAAUUUCUACAUGGAUAGGGUCCAUAGUUACAUCUUCUCAUUCCAAAUUAAUCUAAUACAGUAUUUAACUGGUACCACUAGCAGCCAUAUCUGACAAUAGUUUUACUUUGUUUGCAGUAUUGAAAUUGCUUUAGAUAGACUUUCUGAAAUUAUAAUUUUCCUAUCUUCCUUGAAACUAUGCUGUUUGCCAGUUGUGCACCACCAUUUACUAGCUAUUGUCAGAAAUAUUACUAUGCAUCUCUGGUGUAAUAAACAUACAAGGACACAAA